CAUUAUAGAAGAACCUCGACUAAACCCUAAUUGAAUUACUGACCGAAUUCCUCAAACAUUCACCUUCAUCUCAAUUCAACAUUUCUUGCUGUCUAUUUGACGCUGCCCUUCUCGACUUCGACCUUUAAUUUUACUCUUGAAAUUGGAUUGAUUUGGUGCUGCUGCUGAGCUUAUCCAAUUUCUCAUCAUCAGCGUUAUAGAUGGGAUAUAAUUUAUAGUUUUUCUACUCCACCUGUGAAAAGAAUAAAUGAUUAUACGUCUGCAUGUUUUGAUGCUGCCUAUAACUCAGUAGGCAGUGAUUGGUACAGUAUUAGCAUGUGGUGUUAAUCUGUUAUCUCGUUGACAUAAAAAUGGAUACAUUUGUUAUGCGCAUCAAGUAUAAUCUCAGGCUGAUUGGUUCUUAGCAAUUUUCCCAUUUAGUUUUAAUCACUGGAGAGGAACAAUGCCACGGAAGGCAACAAGGUCCAGCCGAUCAACAAUGGUUCUGCCUGUGACCUUCUCCCCAUUUGCCCGUUCAGUUGCUAAUCUUACCUCAGCUUCCACAAGCAAGCGGCAGAGACGUGACAUGAAACUGCACGAAUCUUCGGCCCGAGCACCUGAUGAUGAAUUUGUUAAUCACACUUUGGAAGAGAAGAAUGAACAGUCUGAGUCUUCUGAGGAAGAAGAUUUUGAAGGAGUUAUCCAAGCAGAUUUUGCUUUCUUUGAUCCUAAACCUGGUGAUUUUCAUGGAGUGAAGAUCCUGCUGCAAAAUUACCUUGAUAAUGAACAAUGGGAUUUGAGUGGUUUUGUAGACUUGAUAUUAGGACAGACUACAGUGGGGACUGUUGUUAAAUUAGAGGAUGAUGAAGAUAAUGGGCUGUUUUCUGUUGUUACUGCCCUUAACUUGGGAAGAUAUAAGGAUCACAAAUGUAUUACAGAGGUCAAGGAGUUCCUAACAAAAGUAUGCCAGGACAAGAAUGUAAUGGAUGAUUUAAGAUUGUUUUUGGAAGAGCAAGCACAUGAUGUUGGUCUCUUGAUCUCUCAACGUGUUUUCAAUCUUCCUCCUCAACUUUUGCCACCUCUUUAUGAUGCCCUCUUUGAUGAAAUCUUAUGGGCUACAGAAGAUGAGCCAACUGAGGAGCUGAGGAAAGCUUUCUGCUUCAAGUCCUAUUUGAUAGUUAGUAGAAUUUACAAGCACAAGAAUGCAGACCACAAAAAGGGGAAAAACAGUCACAAUGAGGAAUUGCUGAUAUAUGUUAAGCCUGAAGAUGAAAUUUUCCACAAGCUCUGCAAGUGGUCUUUCUAUUUUCCUUUGCACUCAGAGAACGUAACAACUCAUGAGCUAAGAAAUUACCGGUUAACGGGUUUGGUCAUGGCUGUUGACGCAGACAAAGUUUCUAAUUUCAAAAAGGAGUUGCAUAGUUUGAUUGAUGAAUCUUGAAGUCCCAGUGUAGGCAGUUAGCAAAUUUUCUGUAUUCCACAUGCCUUAUUUUUAUUUUUUAUUCUUAUCAGAAAUAGUUGACAAACACUUGUUCCAUCAAGUUGAUUUCAAUUGUAUGUUUAUAGGUUAUUUGGUGUUGGAAAGUUUUCAUUUCUUCCUUUGCUCUUCUGGAAGCAAUUAAUCAGUUUAAGGAGGAUCUCUUUUUGCAUUUAGAUUAAUGAUUAACUCAUGAGAUAGGUACGAUGAUAUUUUCCUUUUCCGAUUUAGGCCAUGUUUGACAAUAUUGUUAUUUUAUCAGUUGUUAGUUGUAUUAA